CUGAUGUUAAUUAGGUUUUUUUAUAGGUACAAAUGGAAAAAUAUUAUGUGGUAUUUGUCGGUAGGGUGCCUGGAAUUUAUGAGAAGUGGGAGCUUGCUCGGGCACAAGUAGAGGGAUUCAGUGGGUGCAGACACCAAUCUUUUAAAUCCUGCUCAACGGCUUUGACAGAGUGGACGAGAUUCAAGGCCACUCUGCAGAAUGUUGGAUCUUCCACCAAUCCUGUAACUCAGUAUAGGGCAUCAGCAAUCAGGAACGAAGGCUUCACCAAAAGAGUUGAAAGUGAAUCUGCUUCGUUUCAUCGGUUGGCUUCGAGUGACGAAGAUGAAGUUGGGGUGCACCUUCUUGAUCAGUUGAACUCAGAAGAGAAUCAGGUUAAUACGGAAGGAGGGAUUAUGUAUGCUAUUUUCAAGGUUCUUAUUGGAGUGGUGCUUAUAUAUGCAGUGAUAUCUUGGUUUGUUUCAUCGCUGUGAUGAUAAGGAUGUGGAACAAUUGUUUCACUGGACGACUGGGGCA